UCUGGUUCGGUGCUUCAGGUGUCGGUCGCUGCUUAGUCCUGCGUCCUCACACUAGCCCCUUUUUUAAACACGCAGAGCUGUUACGACGGGUGAACAGGGAUUUAAAAUAUAUGGAAAAGGUUUACAACACAAAAAUACACCCUGUGAAAUAAGUUUUGGCCGACAGAGAGCACUUUUUCCCUAUGGACGUUCUGUUACUGAACACCGUUUCUCCGUUCAACAGACAGACUUCUCUCUGCGUCGCUCUGGAUGUCAAACGGUUCACUUUGUCCCAGUAGUGGAUUUUACUUUUGGGAUAUACACCGCUUUAGAGCUGGUGGACCAAGAGUCAACUCAAACUGGAAUAAACUUUGAAGUGAUGGAUUCAACUAUGAACAUUGGUAUUUCUGUAUGGAUAGAUUUCCUGACGCCUGUGGAAUAACUUCAGCCUCCGUGGUCUCAGUCACCCCACUUGCUCAAGGACAGACUCCACUAACCAAUGGCAUGGGUGAAGUUCUUCAGGAAGCCCGGCCGCAACCUAGGGAGGUCUUACCAGCCAGGGAGCAUGUUGUCUCUUGCUCCCACCAAAGGACUAUUGAAUGAGCCGGGCCAGAACAGCUGUUUUCUCAACAGUGCUGUGCAGGUCCUAUGGCAACUGGACAUCUUUCGGCGAAGCCUGAGGCAGCUUCCUGGCCACUUCUGUCAAGGAGAGUCGUGCAUCUUUUGUGCAUUAAAGGGUAUUUUUUCCCAGUUCCAGCACAGUCGGGAACGUGCGCUACCCUCAGACAAUCUGCGUCAUGCCCUGGCAGAGACCUUUAAGGAUGAACAUCGCUUCCAGUUAGGCUUCAUGGAUGAUGCUGCAGAGUGUUUUGAGAAUAUUCUGGAGAGGAUCCACUUGCACAUUGUCCCUGAAGAAACAGAUGCCUGCACUUCAAAAUCUUGCAUUACCCAUCAGAAGUUUGCCAUGUCGCUUUAUGAGCAGUCUGUGUGCUGCAGUUGUGGUGCUUCCUCAGACCCACUUCCGUUUACAGAGCUGGUGCAUUAUGUUUCCACCACUGCCCUCUGUCAGCAGAUGCCCCUAUGCAAAGAUGAAUCAUUUGGAGAGCUGUUACAGGCUGCAUGCACUGUUGGAGACCUUCGGAACUGUCCUAGCAACUGUGGUCAGAGGAUCAAGAUCAGACGCGUGCUAAUGAAUUCUCCAGAGAUUGUCACCAUUGGUUUCGUCUGGGAUUCAGAGCAGUCAGAUCUCACUGACGAUGUCAUCCGGUCACUGGGGCCUCAUCUCAGCCUUUCUGCUCUGUUCUACAGAGUGACUGAUGAACAUGCCAUGAAGGGAGAACUGCUGCUUGUAGGGAUGAUAUGCUUCUCCAGUCGCCACUAUUGUGCCUUCGCCUUUCACACCAAAUCAUCCAAGUGGGUCUUCUUUGAUGAUGCCAACGUAAAGGAGAUUGGCUCUCGGUGGAAAGACGUAGUUGGCAAGUGCAUUAAAGGACAUUUUCAGCCUCUACUACUCUUCUAUUCCAAUCCCGAUGGCUGUUCUAUCGUGUCAGAGGAUGCCACCAGACAUCACAACAGUCGGCACAAGACCCCCAACAGCGUAGCGCAAGAUGGCCACAUUAAAGUUCCAAAGAUGAUGAAUCUGAACCGAGAAAAUCUAAGUGCUCUGCUGGGACAAAACUCCCACAAGCACCUUUCUACCUUGAACAGGGGCAAUGACCAGUCAAGCGGUAAACAGGGACAAGUGAAAAUAAGCAGCAAUGCGAGGUAUCACCCGAAGGAUAUUUCUCGGGAAGCUGCUGCAAGAGCAGGAGAGGUGCGGGUGCAUCAUCAUUCCAGGAGGGAGCCUAGUGAAAGAGGUCCGCUAAGACCUGACUCACAUUAUAGAGGUUCUCCAAAGAGGCUCUACUCUCGCUCCAUCUCUCCCCCAGAAAAUGGCUUUAAGCAUCAAUUGGAGCCUCGUUUGUAUAGUAGCCAGGGAAAAGGCCCCACACGGACUGAUCGUUCCACUCACUAUGCUCCAAGAGGAUCUUAUGAACCUUUACAGUCAAGAUUACGUGUGUUGCCCAGUUCAUCUUGUAGCAGCAGUGGUCUUCAUAGAGGAAAACAGGAACUGGUGCCUAAUGGUUAUGACACUGACAGCAGCCAGGACUCGAGAGAGCGGUCUAGCACCUUAGGUAGCAGCCGAGGCCGCUCCAUCCACAGUCGUGGAAGUCAGCCGUGGAAGCCCACGCGAGAGGCUCUAAAUGUGGAUAGUGUUUUAAGAGGCAGUACUGGAAAUCAGGAGCUGUACAGUCUCCGAGGUACACAAAGGAGUCAAUCCCCAUCCAGAAACAGAGAUAUGACAUGGAGACACCGGGAUGAUCGUAAACCCAAAAGUCUGAUGACCAUUUACGAAGACGAGCAGAGGCACGAUGUUGGUAGCAGCCGAAGCUCGCUUGACUCUGAUGGCCCUGUUGGAUACAGCGAUAAAGAUUCUACGAAAAGCACUCUUAAAACUCGGAUUGACAACUGGAAGAUUCAGAGAACUGAAUCAGGAUAUGAAAGCAGUGACAGACUCAGUAACAAUUCUACUAAUCUGGAAUCUCCAGUGGUAGAGAACCUUUUUUCCAAGGAUCUGCAGCCAAUAUCUGAGCUGCAUCUGACCAGAGAUCUUUUUCCGCCAAGAAGCAUAGAUGAUUCUAAUGCUGACUUACUGCACUCUGCAUAUUCCUCUGGUUCACCAGAGUCCCACUAUCUCACCAAUCAACCACUACAGAGAAGAAGAGCAUUCCGCUACACUCCAGGAGUCUUCGAUAAUGGUGGUUCUUCUGACUUAACCAAGACAAGCACUUCUGAGUGGAACAGACCCUUCACUGAACUGGAUGAACCAACAGCUCACAGAGACCCCUUUACUGACACCCACCCCCCACCUCUGCCUCCUAAGACUUACUUCAAUAGUUGCCCUGACCCUCCGGGGGCCUUCCCUGACUCGUCUGUUUUCUUGAGCCCUCACCAUGAACCCAAAAAGGGACACCCGGCAAUGUUGCACACUGCAUGCCGAAACUGGAUGGAGACUCCUGCAGAGCAAAGACUUUCCUCAGAUUCUAGCUCUAGGUCGUCCGACCAGGAGCGGACCUCUGCCAGUGAGUGUGAUGAGAGGUUACCCAGCCCUGGAUUACAAGUUCCAGAUUCUCCGACUCAGACUGACAUUGCUCAGCCAACAACAUACUUCUCAGUGGACAACUGCAUGACAGAAACAUACCGCGCCAAAUACCACAAGAAACCUGCUGCACAAACAAAGGUGGAGGAGAACUCAUCAUCUGGGGAGAGUGAUGGAGACCAGAGAGGCGUUUCUGUGUCAGAGAAGGGCACCUCCCGGACCCGAAAGGAAACAGAUUUCCCCCUUGUGGUGAAAACUGCUGCUAAGUGGAACCCUGUGAGUCCAAAAGGGCUGGAUGAGCAUGGGUUCCUCUGAUUUGAAGACAGUGGAGACCAAGUGCUGACAGUGCUGAUGCCUUGUCUGAGUAUUUGUUGUUAUUGAUUUAUCUGCAAAAACACAAAUGCUGCCAUUGUUUACACCAGUUGAAUCUUUGUGCCGUAUGAUUUAACGUUCACCAAGUGCUACUUUAAAAUCCACACUACAUAACCCCAGUUUGCAGUUCCCCUUUUUGUAAGGUAUAGCUCAUUGUGAUUGAGGCCGAAACACUCGACACGGCAGUCAAUCUUACUGUGUGAAGGCAAUUAUUAAAUUUGCCCUGAACACUAGUAGAUGUGAAUUAUCUCUUGCAAAGUGCCUUUUCUACAGUUACACACAAUGCAAUUAGAGCAAAAAUUUGUUACUUUUUUUGUUGAUUUUUAUUUUUUGUAACAUUUGCUCAGAUUUAUUUUUUUAAUAGUUUGCUUGUUAAAUAAACAAAAGUGAUUGAAAAGAAAACGUUUGGAGUUUGUUGAGCCUGUUAGAAGGCAUGCGAAUGCAUUUGCUGCCAUCUGCUGGUUAAGGUUAUCUUUGCAGUUAAAAUACCAAUUGUCGGGAAAAACUGGAGAGAGCGAAAUCCAAUUGGCGUUGAACAUCGAUAAAUAAUUUCAUAUUAAAAUACGUUUAUGGCUGUGACAAAUGUACACACACAUUAUUGUCUGUAACAUCUGUUUGUGCAUAAUUGCUCCUGCUUCCUGAGUAGUUGCUUUCUAUUUGAGAAGUUUACUGCUGUAGCCA